ACCUAAACAAUUUCUCUUGUAUUGAUAUAUCAAAGGCAACAAGUUUUAGCAACGACUAAAAAAUGAGUUCAGUCCAAGAUCAAGUGAAUGUUCAAGCUACCUUUGAGAAUCAGACACCUGAUAGGUUGGACCUGAUGAAAAUCGAAACCUAUUCUGGCUUUUUCCAAGAUGGAGGUCCUAGUGGCACUAUUGAGCAAGGUGGCUUGACUAGUUUCGUACACAAUGGUACUCCUCCUAAGGGUUCCAAAGUCGGGGUGGCAUACCGUGGCUAUAGAGGAAACCAAUGGGUUUUGGCAUGGCAUGUACCCCAACCUUUUCCCUCAGAGCUUCCGGCCAUAGCGCAUAACAAAGUACUUGGUAAGCAUGUACGAGAGGGAGAAACUAUUGAUUGGGAAAAGAUUGAGAAUGAGUUAGAUGAUCCAAGCACCACAGAUAAGGUGAACAGUCCAUAUUUCAAGGCUAAGAUCACCCCAAUGGGAAGCAAGGCUGAGCUUGUUGUUGAGUUCAUCAACCUUCCUAGGGCCUAAUCUAAGUGACUAUUAAUCACUAAUCACUAUCUUAAUAUGAUCUACCCAUAAUGAAUAAAGCACAGCCGAGGCAGCGACGAGUUCUCUGCCCCUAAGUCGAUAUAUGACAAUGUUAACGUUCAUAUGCAAUCAAGAAUAAUAUGUACUACUUUCUUUGA